AUGUUGCGGAACAAAAUCAAUUACAAACUCUCAAAUAAUAAUCGUUUGGGAAUUUCAUCAUCAAAUGAUGACUUUGAACACGUUCAUCAUACAACACUCCGUGAUUCGGGAUUCCGAGAGUAUGAUGAUGAUAAUGAGGAAAUUAUUGAGACUAGUAUGGCAGAUCACUCUCAAUUUCAUCAACCAGUGAGUCAUUCAAGUGGUAGCCGUAACAAUCAUCAUGUACGAUUAAUUGAGGAAGAACCUCAAGAGUACUUGCCUUCUCCUACAACAACAAGUAAAUUAAAAGAGAAACCCAAUGAUCCAUCAACACAUCCUGUCCUACAAUCAUUGAAUAUCAAACAGUUUGAAAAGAUUGCACUGAGGAAUAUAGGCAUGAAACACGAGGAAGAGGAUCCUCGUCAUGAUACAUGGAUAGCGAGAAAGAAGAGUGGAAAGGACCUGGACCAAAGUGCAGCUUCGGAUGAGGAUGAAGAAUUUGCCUCCUCUCAUCACCAUAAAAGGCUUUUAGAAGCAACCACAACCAAUCAUCAUCCCAUAGAUUCCGAAGAUGAAGACCACUCCACAUUGAGUGUUGGUUCUGUUUCGACCACUCAUACCAACACCUACACAGAUGUCGAUUCUGUGAUUGAUCCUAUUCAUCCCCAUAUCAAACACAAACAUUACUAUCCAAUACGACACAAAGCCACACGAGAGGAAAAGAUUGCCUACUCGAAAAAAGUUGGCAGAACUCUCUUUUCCAUUUUCUUGGUAAUUUUUAUGACCUCACUCACAAUUAUUGAUGUCAUUGUUUCUCCAAAAAACACAUGGGUGACUCGAUUAAGUAUUUUUGUUUCUAUGGUGAUCCUUUGGCGAUUUUUAUAUGAAUAUUUAUUUGAAAUUAUAUUUGAGUGGAUUUUGGAAUAUCUCAUUAAAGAUGAAUGA